UUCCAUAUCCAGUCUCGCUGGACACAGCUAGGCCUUCACCUGGAUAAUAAGAUUGGAAUUAUAGUUCCUUCCAAGUUAUGAUUAGGUAAAGGGAAGGUAAAUGCCUUUCAGUUUUGGCCUUCAAAAAUUCUAUUCAUGACAUCCUCCUAAAGCAACCAAAAGGAGGCAAUCCAAAGAUUCAUCUCAAAUUUAAAGUUAAACAUCAUUCUCACCCUUUUCUGAUUCCUUUGCUUUAUAUGCAUCACCAGUCUUUUCCAGCCUCUUGCAUCUGUUCUCUCUUAUCUCCUCUUCAGCAAGUUGUUUUUCAGGGCACAAACAUGGAUUUUGAUGAGAAGCAGGCUGUUGUCUGUGACAAUGGGUCUGGCUUAGUGAAGGCUGGUUUUGCUGGAGACGAUGCACCAUGUGUAGUUUUUCCUAGUGUGAUAGGCUGGCCCCGAAACAAGCAUGCGAUGAUUGGCAUUGGACAGAAGGAAAUGUACUUAGGAGAUGAAGCUCAAGCAAGACGUGGUGUCCUCAGAUUAAGUUACCCCAUUGAUCAUGGAAUGGUGAGAGAUUGGGAAGCAAUGGAGAGACUCUGGCAGCACACUUUUGAGAAGGAGCUCAGGGUUUCCAUUGAAGAACGACCUGUCCUCUUAACAGAGCCACCCUUGAAUCCUAAGUUCAAUAAGGAGAAGAUGGUGGAGAUCAUGUUUGAAGCUUUUGAAAUCCCAGCCACCUAUGUUGCAAUUCAAGCUGUGCUCUCCUUGUAUGCCAGUGGCCGAACCACAGGUAUUGUAAUGGACUCUGGAGAAGGAGUCACACAUGUGGUUCCCAUCUAUGAGGGCUAUGCACUUCCACAUGCAAUUCAACGUCUCGAUCUAGCAGGCAGGGACCUCACAGACUACCUCACCAAGAUCCUAACUGAAGAAGGCUACGUGUUCACCACAUCAGCUGACAGAGAAAUUGUUAAGGACAUAAAGGAACAAACCACAUACGUAGCAAUGGACUUUGAGAAGGAACUAGCCACAUCAAGGGAAAGCUUAGAGCUUGACAAGCAAUAUGAAUUGCCAGACGGGCAAGUCAUAACAAUCGGAACAGGACGGUUCAAGUGCCCUGAAAUACUAUUUGAUCCAAGCAAAGUGGGAAUAGAGUCAUGUGGAGUACAUGAUAUCGUGUUGAAGUCAAUUAGAAGGUGUGAUAUGGAUAUCAGGAGAGACAUGUAUGGGAAUGUGGUGCUUAGUGGGGGCACUACCAUGGUGCCUGGCUUGGCUGAUAGGCUGGCGAAGGAGCUGAGCUCACUGGCACCUCCUGGGGUGAGGGUGAGAGUGGUUGCACCACCAGAGAGGAAGUAUAGUGUUUGGAUUGGUGGGUCCAUUCUGGCUUCACUAAGCACCUUUGAGCAGAUGUGGAUUAAAAAGGAAGAGUACAUGGAGUCCGGUUCCUCCAUUGUCCACAUGAAAUGCUUCUAAACACCAUUAUGGCAUAGGCCUUUCUUUUUCUUUCAUUUGGUGGGGUUUCAUCAUUUUACAAUGUACUCCUCAUUUUCUUCCCUAAAGCUGAAUCAAAAGCUGUCUUGUAUAUUCUUGUCGUAUUUCAAUUGAGUUCCAAAAGUGCUUAUAUUUUGAGAGCA